AGUGCGAACCGGCGAAGUUACGUGUGGUCGAUAGGUGACGACGGCGAUAGACAUUUGGCUACGUUCAUCGGCGUUGCGGAUGAGCCAAGGCGGUGUAAGGCUAAAUUCGUCGUUGUUUUCAGACUGUUUUAAUAAUACUAAUGUGAUGACUGCAGAAACAGAUAAUCGAGAGCGACGACAGAGCAGGAGAGGACAACGAUCCCCGAGUCCUCAGUCCUGUUCUAUGGAACGGUGCAAGGACGAGCACCGGGCCUCACCGGUUUUGGUUCCGGUGCUACUAAGCGCUAUCGCGAUCCCGUUGUCCAUGAUGUUCUGGACAAUCAACGUGGCUUAUUCCUUUCUAUCGCCAAGUCCUCAGCAUCAGUCGGAUGGAUAUAUUGUCAUAUCACCUUGGAGAUGGCUGGCAGCGGUUCUUAUUCCAAUUAUGUGUGCCUUAUGGGGACUGAAAAGAAAAAAUAUCGAUAUAACAGGUGCAAUACUUGGAUUUUUUAUGGGCUUUAUAUUGACGUUAACGAGUUUUUCACAUGUGGCGUGCUUAAUAGCCUUCUUUUUUACAUCGUCGAAAGUAACAAAGUUCAGAGUUGAAAGGAAAAGAGCCAUAGAAGAAAUCAAAGAAGGCGGUCAACGAAAUUGGAUUCAGGUGUUGUGCAAUGGAGGAAUGGCUGCUCAACUGGCCAUUCUAUAUUUAUUAGAUGUUGGUUGUGGCGAACGCCCUAUCGAUUUUGACAAAGAUUAUAGAAGUUCAUGGUUAUCAAUCGGAAUAAUGGGUGCAAUAGCUUGUUGUAAUGGCGAUACCUGGGCUUCAGAAAUUGGUACAGUAGUUGGUGAUUCCGAUCCCUUCCUCAUAACUUCACGGAAAAAGGUUCCUAGAGGUACUAAUGGUGGUGUAUCAUGGGUGGGACUUACAGUUUCUGCACUAGGUGGUAUUGUAGUAGGCUUAUUUGAUUAUCUUACUGUGUUAUAUACAGUGGAUAGUGUUGUUCUUGAACUCGCUGCUCCUCAAUGGCCAAUUAUAGUUCUUGGUGGUAUUGGUGGCUUAUUAGGAAGCAUCGUGGAUUCUAUUUUAGGCGCGACUCUUCAAUAUUCAGGAAUAAAUGAAAAGGGAUUGAUAGUCGAGAGGCCAGGAAAAGGUGUAAGACAUAUUAGUGGUAAACAAAUUUUUGAUAAUCACAGUGUGAAUCUUCUUUCAAGCAUAAUAAUAGCACUAACUUUACCAAGAAUAGCAAAUCUUAUGUGGCCUUAAAAUAUAUUUAAAAACAAAAAAACAAAAAGAAAUCCUACAAAUUUUACGAAUAAAAGGACUUUUAUUGGCAUUUAUAUUCUUAAGGCUCGAUUAAAAAUCGUGUUAUUCAUUACGAGUGAAAAUUAAAAAUAGAUUAUGAACGGGAGAAUGAUAUUUUGGUAUGCUACAUUGUUGUGAUAUUUGUAUAUGCAUGCGCUACCAAUAUGUGUCAUCGGUAAUAUAAUUAUUUUUUUGAAUAAAGCAAUUAAAGUGUGAUAUGGAUUUGAAGAAACUUCAAAAAGUAAAAUAAGCUUAUAUUACAUUAUUUAUAUAUUAUUAAUAUACGU